AUGGAGAACAGUUUCGAGAAAAAUAACAUGCUGAAAGAAUUCUACAUUCCGACCUAUAUCUUCAUGCCAGAGUCCUCGGUGGAGCAAGUUUCUCACAUACCCAGCUGUCCAGUUAUUGUUUUUAUCAACACCCGAAGUGGCGGGCAACUUGGACAUAAUUUACUUGUCACAUAUCGCAAGCUUCUCAAUCAUGCUCAGGUGUUUGAUCUACUUGAUGAAACUCCAGACAAAGUCUUACACAAACUAUACAGCAACGUGGAAAGGCUCAAGCGUGAUGGGGAUACUCUUGCUUCUGAAAUCCUUAGGAGAUUGAGGCUAAUAGUUGCUGGAGGCGAUGGAACAGCCGGUUGGUUGCUUGGAGUUGUAUCUGAUCUCAAGCUAGUUCAUCCACCUCCCGUCGCUACAGUUCCCCUUGGAACUGGAAAUAACCUGCCAUAUUCUUUUGGAUGGGGCAAGAGAAAUCCUGGCACAGAUCGUGAAUCUGUCAUAUCCUUCCUAAAGUUGGUAAAAGAAGCAAGAGAGAUAAACAUUGAUAGCUGGCAUACUGUUAUGAGAAUGAAAUGCCCAAAACGUUCUCCUUGCGAUCCAAUUGCUCCUUCUGAUUUGCCGCAUUCUCUGCAUGCAUUUCACCGUGUGCCAAAGACAGAUCCAGAAGAUAUGGAAUAUUCUUACACAUAUCGUGGAGGGUUUUGGAAUUAUUUCAGUAUGGGAAUGGAUGCACAAGUGUCUUAUGCAUUUCAUUCUCAGAGGAAAUUGCACCCAGAGAAAUUCAAGAAUCAGUUGUCUAAUCAGAAACAGUAUUUGAAGCUGGCAUGCACACAAGGAUGGUUCUGUGCCUCUUUAAGCCAUCCAAUGUCACGGAAUAUUGCUCACCUUGCAAAGGUAAAGAUAAUGAAGAAAUCUGGAAAAUGGGAAACCUUGGAAAUUCCACAGAGUAUCAGGUCCAUUGUCUGUCUCAAUUUACCCAGCUUCUCUGGUGGACUGAAUCCCUGGGGAACACCAAGUAAGAGGAAGCAAAGAAAAAGAGACUUGGUACUGCCUCCACUUGUGGAUGAUGGCCUUCUGGAGAUUGUGGGUUUCAAAGAUGCUUGGCAUGGCCUUGUUUUGUUAUCUCCGAAAGGCCAUGGCACUCGUCUUGCUCAGGCCCAUCGUGUCCGAUUCAAAUUUCACCGGGGUGCAACUGACCAUGCCUACAUGAGAAUCGACGGUGAGCCCUGGAAGCAGCCUCUUCCACAGGAGGAUGACGGCAAGGUGGUCGUGGAGAUAUCCCACGCUGGGCAGGUCAAGAUGCUCGCGACCAAAGACUGUAUAGCUAAAGGCAUCAAUGACUCCCCUGGUAUGGCAACAGCCUGCACAGAUUCCAGCUCCAGCGAUGACUCGGACGAUGACUUCACAGAGGAGCGGAGGAACUUCGGCGCCGCCUUGUCGUUCCGGUACAUGAAUGAUGUGAAAAAAACAGUAGAAGCUUGA